GAAAUGCCUUUUAAAGUCACUUUGUAUAUUAUUGCAGCACCUGGCGAUGGACUUGAAAAGGGUCGAACUUGGUUUCGUGAAUAUGUCAAGCCUAUUCUUGUUGCAGGUGCUGUCGAUUACGAAAUUAAAGAAGCUAAAUCACCUGGCCAAAUCGAAACUUCUGUCAUGGAAGAAAUCGUUCAACGUCGUCGUGAAGCCGUCGAAG